GGCGCUAGAUUUGGACGCUGGCGUCCGACGCUAACUUCACGCAAGUACCCAAAGAUGUUAACAUGUUAUGUUCAAUUCUUGAUCAGAAUGAUCAAUGGAUGUGUUUGAUGAGCAUUAUCCCAGAAUUUCUUCAAGAGAAUAACUACAGAUGUGAUAUUUCGGAUUAUAACCCACCGAAAUAUGAUUCUGAACAUUUCAGAAUCCUCUAUGAUUUGAAAAAGUUGGGCAGAAAGUGUACUGAAUUGCUACUAUCUGAGUGGGGUUGCUCAGGUGUAAUUAGGCCAACAGUUGGCCAUCUGUUAUACCUUUUGGUUAACGCAAAACUUUUUAAAGCAGCAGAUUACAUUGCAAAGGAUUUACUGCAUCAAGGAAAACCAAAAAGACCCUGCAAUGGCCCAGAAGCUAAAAUUUCUCCAAGUUUGUUGCAGAAAGAGAUUAGUCAUGACCAGAAAAUUCCAAUAGACAAUAAUCAUAACUCCCGAAACAUACACCAACAAAUUCCAGAAAUUAUAAUCACUGAUUCUAACCAAGAAGCAAUGGCUAAGGCUGCUACAACUUCGACUGCUACGACUUCGGAUGCUGAUAUGAUUGAGUUCUCUAGUAGUUCUGUUCAUGAAAAUAUUGAAGCAACUGUCACUAAUUUUCCAGUCGUGGUUGAUCAUUCAAAUUCAAGUUUUGAAUCGAAUGCAGGUGUUGACCAAGAAGUAAUAUCAUAUUUCAGUGCACCAGCUGCUCCUGAAACAACAGGAGCACUGGAAACAUCUGUUUCUGAUUUGAUUCAAUUCUCCAAUUUGAUUCCAGUAGGUGUUGAAGAAGUAGAGUUUACUCCUCUGGUUGGAAUUAAUGUCUCAAGUGUUAACACUCCUGUAUCAAACGAGAGCCCAAAAACUCUAAAUUUCAAUGACAUGAAUGAAUUAGUAUCGAAUACCAAAGAAAACUGUUCUUAUUCUUUUAAUAUUCCUAACUUGACAGAGCUGAAUUUCAAUUCCGGAACUGAUUUUUUUGCGGAACAAAUCGAUCAAUUAUGGAAUAAAGAAUGUCAUAAAAUAUAGAAACCAUAUCAGAUUGAGUAGCUGGAGGCAGAGCAGAAGGAAUGGAUCAAUAAUCAUCUACAUCCCAUACUGCUGACAGAAGAUUAAAAUCUCCAAAUAAGAAAAGGUUUGCACUAGCAUAUUUAUCAACUAAUGGUGAUGAGCUGAUCAAAGUAAGAUAGUAAGUAAGAUAAAGUAGGUAAAGAUUUGGGUGGAAAAUAUACAGUACCCAUUAUAGAUUUGUUAUUGAAAAGAACAAACAAUUAUUCAAUAAAAGGAUCAGACUGCAUUAAAUGAGCAGAAAAUCAUUUUAACAUAACUAUUUAUACACUCCCACCCCUGCUAAAGACACUGGAUUCAGUAGAGCGGUCAGUUCUAUAGACAUUGUAAUUGAGAACCCCAAGUUUUGCAUAAAUAAAUUCAGGUGACAGCCAGGUUCCAGUGAAGAUAAUGAUACCGUAAAAACAAUUGCUAACAUUCAAACUGAAAUCAAUCAUCUUAGUUCUAAGACCUCUAAAAUUUUGGUAAUGAAGGGAAGGGCUGCCCGGUUUUAGUUUUUUAAUGAUUUUCGGUGUGUUGUUGAAGUAUUUGCUUUUGCUUGAUAGAGACUUUCAUUAGGUUUGCACAGCCUAAUUUAACUCUGUUUCUUAACCCUUUCAAGGCAGCUUUUCAGAUUUUUCUCUUUUUCAUUCGCCAUAACAUGAAAUUAAGUAAAAAUGGUUCAAGAAACUUACUAGAAGUGGUAUAAAUUUUGUUAUUUUUCACAAAAAAAAAUUAUGAUGUGGUUUCACCGAUAAACCACAAAGCACUAUUAACGGAGAAAAUAAAUUUCAAAGUUUUGUACUUUUAUUGAUGAACGUUUACAAAAAUUAUUUUUAAUUCCUUGAAUGGUAUUUUGAAAAGCAAUUUUUUUAUCGUUCAAGCACAAACCGACUGAACAUGUAGUACAAGACCAUUUAGUUCUGUGCGGUUCAUCUCUGGUACUACAAAGUGCACAACGCCUUGAUGUAGAAUAUAUAGGCAUAUGUGCUGCUGCAUCCCAUCUUCUUUCCAAAGGAAUAUUAGGCUUGAAUUUGGUCACGGAUGCAGCACUACUGCGUUUUCCUUUGUGUGGAAGUAUACUGCCCGAUCCUGCAAGCCCAGUAACAAUAGAAAGACGAAAAUUUUUGAGGUCCAAAGUUCGUUCAUCACAUCUUUCUUUGAAUAUUAUGAAAGAAUCAACGAUUGUUACAUCUAGGAAAUGACAUAAGAUUCUGUGCCACCACUUGUGGCUUUUCCUGUCGAGUUCGUAUAUUUUUUUGAGCAUAUCUGCUUUGUCAACAAACCACAUGUUGGCAUUGUAAUCCUUUAUGAUCAAGGGGCACCCGAUUAUCUCUUUUUCUCUAUCUUUUUUUUUUCGCUCAACUGUUUCAGGAACAUCAGGUUUAUGAUAGUUGCUGGCCAAUGUUACCACACGCUUAUCGGCCCAUUUUAUAUAUGAUAUUCCAUCAUCUGUAAUUCGCCAAUCAAAGUUUCCUCUUUUCAGUUUAUUGUCUGGAAUCAAGUCAGUGGGUGUUCUU